AUGAACCCCGACAUCAAAUCAAUCAUCGACCGCAUCAAGACUGGAAAAGUCACGCGAAUCGUCGUCUUGACUGGAGCUGGAAUCAGCACUGGAGCCGGAAUCCCAGAUUUCAGAUCUCCAAACACAGGCCUGUAUGAUAAGCUCGCUCCAUUGCGGCUCCCGUACCCAGAGGCAAUUUUCCACAUCAAUUAUUUCUCUCACACGCCUGAGCCAUUCUACGCAAUCGCCCGGGCACGUCACCCGGGAAAUCUCAAACCGACUAUCACCCAUGCGUUCCUAGCACUGCUGGCAAAGAAGAAUCUGCUCCAUUUUCUUUUCACUCAAAAUAUCGAUGGGCUUGAGCAAGAUGCCGGGGUUCCUGCUGACAAGGUUCUCUGGGCUCAUGGAAACUGGAAGAGUCAACAUUGCUAUAAGUGCAAGUCGCCAUACCCCGACGAUCUAAUGAACAAAGCGAUUUUAGCUGGUGAAGUGCCCUACUGCCUUAAGACCGGGUGCGGGGGUGCGGUCAAGCCAGAUGUUGUAUUCUUUGGGCAAUCUCUGCCGGCUGAGUUUGACCAAAAGGAGAAAGAAGUCCUUGAGGCGGACUUGAUGCUUGUCAUGGGAACUAGUUUACGUGUGGCACCUUGCUCUAGGCUGCCAGGUCUAGUAAAAAAGGGAAUUCCUCGGGUUUUGAUCAACAAUGAAAAAGCAGGAGAUCUGGGUAAUCGAGAUGAAGAUGUGUGUAUCCUCGGAAGUUGCGACGAUGGUGUUCGUCAAUUAGCAGAUGCACUUGGGUGGGGAGAGGACUUGAACGAUCUCUGGAAGGAAGCAGUUGCUGCUAAAAAGGACGAGGAAAUAUUUGAGGGUGGCCCUAGCCUAGAUGAGUGCAUCGACAAAUUGGCUAGUAGUAUGAAGGACAGGAUGAAGGUGUCAGAUGGGCACAAACGAAUGUUAGAAACUCAUUUGAACAACAAGUUUGGGCAGAUGAUAGCGAAGGGCCCUACGCGCUCAUAG